CUCCCUUCAUUGAGUUCGUGCCGUGCCUUUCGAUAACUACCGCAGCAAUCGAGCAUGAAUUUUGAUCAAACAAUAUGAACGAUUCUACCAAUAAUGUCAACCUCCCUAUUGUCAGAGACUUCGAUAAAGUCUGUUUUGAGUAUGGUGACAGAGAUGCAAUUAUAUUGCAUGGAUCGGAUCCAGUGUCUUACUUCGAGCUUCAGGAGCAUUCGAAGGCGCUAUCGUAUCAACUCUAUCAUCGCUUUGGUUGCCCCGACUACAUAUUGAUUGACUGUSAGGAAUUUCCUGUCGCAGAAGCGAUCGCUACUCUAGCGUGUAUGAGGAUCAACCGUCCCUUCGUUCCAGUGUCGAGCAUGGAUCAGCACCGCCCCGGCCGAAUGGACAAAGUUGUUGAGCUUCUAUCAAAGAAAGGCAAAACCUAUUCCUGUCGCAAAUACGGCAAAGCAAACAGUUCACCAUCUAUUGUAGCCGUUGUUGUAUGUGACAACGAUCGCGAUCCGCGUCUUUCUGUGUUUGAACAGGCAGGUGUACAUCGGAUUCUGUAUCUCUCUCCGAACGGUGAAUUGAGGGAGUGCCUGUCGGUUCCGGAAACUCUGCCUUUUAUUGAGGAUGAAACAUCCUCACCACAGGAUGACAUGUAUGUGAUGUUUACCUCAGGGACAACCUCGCUGGCUGAAUCAGGUACAAUAUCGAAGGCAAAGGCAGUGGUCGGCUCCCAUCGGGCUACACACUCUCGCUUGAGUUGGUUUCUAGCUACAUUUUCGUCGUCUCCAAGAAUCGGGCGACGAACCAAAUUGACAUUUGUGGAUGGUGUGACAGAAUUAUGGGGUGCACUAUUAGAUCCGAUGAACGUUCUUGUAUCAGUACCGCCCUUGCAACUCCGAGCUAGAGGUAUUGUAGUACUCAUAGACGAGAUGAAGUGUUCACAGUUGCUGCUGUUACCGAGUCAAGCGAGCCAACUCCUUCUAGCCUCUUCGAACAAUAAUCCUUUUCCUCACUUACAAAGGGUCAUUGUGUCUGGUGAAGUCUUCUCCCCUACACUUUUUGGUCGGUUUAGGAUUCAGUAUCCAAAAGUGCAACUUAUUAAUCUAUAUGGACAGACAGAAACUACAGGGGAUUGUCUCUGUGCUGUGUUGACAGAUCUGGGAGAGGCAGCAGUUGUCGAUAACAUUGUAGCAGUCGGAAAACCCAUCAUGUCCGGUUUUCAAAUAACAUUCCUGGAUGACGAGGAAAACGAGGGAGAUUCCUUGAAAAGUCAAAAUCAAAAAAACGGAAACAAACAAUUAGUGAUCAAGGGAUCGCAUCUGUCGAAUGGCUACUUAGGGGAUUCRUCAUUUUUCGACCAUUUCAUUCCUGGGGAUAUAGGGUUUCAACGUAACGGAGUUUAUUACGUGCGUGGACGAGUCGAUGAUAUUCGGAAGAUAAAUGGUGUAUUGACUUCACCAUCCGAAGUUGAGGCUGCAUUUUGCAAUACUUACCAUGUUUCCGAUUGCGCAACAGUCGCGGCAGUGAUGCUUGGCAAUGAAGUAUACUUGCUUUGUACGAGCCAAGAUGUGGUGCAUGAGUUUUCGAGAUUUGAGAUGCAUACCAUAAAAGGUAUUCCCCUGAAUCUAAUUCCAAAACAGGUCUUCUUUGUUCAUGGAAUUCCACGUAGCUCAUCAGGGGCGAAAAAGAUAGAUCGAAACGCCUGUCUUAAUUUGGUAAAAUGUUAUGUUGAACCGUCUAAGGAGAGACUAGAAUUUUACAACUCUGAUGCGUCUCUGAAGCGGAAGCCAAAAGGCACUGUUCUUUCUAUCAUUUCCGCUGUUCUUGGAGUGAAUGAGUCUGAACUAGAUAGGGACAAAUCCUUUCUCGAGCUGGGUGGCGACAGUGCCUCUUCUAUAACAUUGCUCUACCGUAUCCAGCAAGAAACCAGUCUCUUGUCCGAUCUAAAUGCAACCGAUAUACUAUGGUCUGAAAGUUUGCACGAACUGGAGAACUUGAUUACUGGUAAGGCCGAAAAGCCGAAAAAGACGAAAAUGGAAUCGGAAGGACAUUUUCGCAUAUUGAGCAAAUCCAAAAAGUUCGUCGCAGGGAAUGCCGUCGUUGUCAAUACUUCGCAUCGAUCAGUUUCGCUCCGGGCAUGCGUCGAUUCUGCACCUCUUCACGUCGACAAUUCCAUUGUUGCUGCUUGUCAAGGAGGAACUAUCGUCAAAUUCAACAGUAUUGAUGGUGUUAUAGAAGGUUCCCGAUACUAUCCUGGCUGGAUGUUCCAGGCCGACUUGUUAUUACUAGAACCAAGUACUUUGCUUGUUGCCGGUCACUCCCUGUUGAACAGAGGCAUCGUACUUUGUUUGACUCAAGACCUCAAGGAAGAAAAGUGGAAGAUAGAAUUUGACGGUUCUGUUAAGAGUCGUCCAAUUCUGCUUGGCGACAAAGUUUGGAUUCUUGCUGGCAAAAAGCUUUGUAGUGUCGACCUUACAACAGGGAAAGUGCUAGGUGAAGAAUUUGACUUACCGCGCACACCCUGUGUGUCAAAUCCGAUUACUAUCACUGACAAAGAUGGGCAGACUUCCAUCGUUUUUGCUAGCUCUGACUGGGAAGGAGGUAUCAUAGUUCUAGAUGUACAAAAGCUCGAGUCGAAAAUUUACGUUGACUGUGAGAUUGGACCUGUUCACAAAGAUGUCUCAGUCACAAAAAAUUCUCGGGAAAUUUUCAUUUCUGAUAUUUAUGGAAGUCUUCACGUCCUGAAUAUCAAAACCAUGAAACUUGCGGCAUCUAUCCAGCUAUCACAUAGCCCACUCUCUGCUGCCACGAUAAUUGAUGAGAGUACAGUUGUUGUAGGGUCGUACAAUGGACAAGUUUAUUGUGUAAGAUAUGACGAGAAACAGAGCCAGCUAGUGAAGCAAUGGGAAUGCAGUUGUUAUUCCUCCAUUUAUUCGAAGCCACUCGCUCUCCAGAAUGGAUCAAUCCUUGUUUGUACUACUGCUGGAUAUGUUGUCAGAAUUUCCAUUCAGAAAGGAAAAAUCCUAUUUUUCUACAUGAUUUCCGCUGAGAUUUGGUCAUCUCCGGUACAGACAGGACCAAUAAAUCUUGUCGCUGUGGGAGCAAGAGACUCAAAAUGCCAUCUGAUAUCACUUGAAGAGGCUUUGACUGAAGAAUAUUGUGAUGUAAGUUCCAGUAGAUUGUAGAUAAAUGUGCACAUUAUUCCUGUCGCUCUCUUCUAUUUUAUUUGCUCAUGGUAGAAUAAUGAGUAAUUCCCACU